AUGUGGGAUUCACUUCAAGCAGCUCAUGAGGGAAAUAAGGUCAUAAAGGAAAACAAAAUUCAGCUAUUCACGGUUCAAUAUGAAGUUUGUAAAAUGGAAGAAAGAGAAACCAUUGCAGAAUAUAAGUUUAAAAUCAAUAAUCUUGUAAACAAUAUGAGAGCUCUUGGUGAAGAUAUUAAAGAUUCUGAUGUGUGUGAGAAAAUUAUUAGAUCUCUCACUUCCAGAUUCAAUGCCAAGGUUACUAUUCUAGAAGACAAAGAUUUGUCUAACAUGAAGAUUAAUGAACUACAAGCAUCUCUCACAGCUUAUGAGAUAAGAGUUGGUCCUCCUACUUUACAUAGAAGAGAAACAGCACUCAAAGCCAAGGAGAAUGUUGAAGAAGAUGAGUCUAAAUUAGAAGAUGAUCUUGAAGAGGAUGAAGUGGCUUACCUUGCUAAGAAAUUCAGAAAAUUCAGGUUUAAAAGGAAAUCUCAGUUGCAGAAUCUAACAUGCUAUGGGUGUAGGAAGCCUGGUCAUAUUGUAUCCAAGUGUCCUAACUCUAAAGGGAAAACUCAGAGAAAGUUUGAAGGACUUAACAACAAAGGAAAGUUUGGAAGAAAAACCUUACUCUCAGACUGGGAAACAGCCAUUGAAGAAAAAGAGAAACUUAAAGAAGAUCAAGAAGAUGAAUGUUUAUUCAUGGCCAUUUUAGAACCAUCAAAAGAGUCUGUUGAAACUAAAGAAGAUACUGACACAGAGAUUGAGGAAAUUCUGGAAGAAUGUGAAAGACUUGCUAAACAAUCUACUAAGCAAAUUGGGAAGACUGGAAUUGGAUAUGUAUGUGAUUCAGCUAGUAAGAUUAGUCAGAAACACUCAACAUUUGUGAAGGCCACCACUGGAGAAGUAUAUGCAAGAUAUCCCAUUAUGAAACCUCUGAGAUCAAGGUUUGAUAUUUUUAACAACAUUCAAUAUCCUUUGAGUUUCAAUAAGAGAGACUUUGUUACAUCAGCUGCAAGGAACUUUAAGAUCACUAAGAUGUAUAUGAAGAAGUCAGACCUAACUCAAGGAAUGAAAGUUAAAGACAAAGGGGACAAAUGGUAUGUUAACAGUGGCUGUUCGAGACAUAUGACAGGUGAUGGCUCAAAAUUUAACUCCUUACAGCAGUUUAAUGGUGGAAAUGUUAUAUUUGGGGAUAAUCAAAGAGCUAAGAUUGUUGGAAUUGGCAUUGUGAGUAAGUCUGAAGAGUUACCAGAGAUUCAAGAAGUUCUAUUGGUUGAAGGGCUUAAACAUAAUCUCCUAAGUGUAAGUCAAUUGUGUGAUAGUGGGAAGGAAGUCUGCUUUAACAAAGAAAGAUGCAAUGUGAUUGAUCUGGAAUCAAAACAAGUUUUGUUCUCAGCAAGUAAAUCCUUAGGAAAUGUCUACACAGUCACUGAAGAAAGUCAGGUCACCCAAUGUAACUUAACAACCUGUGAUGAAGCUAAGUUGUGGUACAAGAGGUUAGGCCAUCUUCAUUCAAGGAACAUGUCCAAGAUAUUGAAGCUGAAAGCUGUUAAAGGUCUGCCUGACAUUUGUUUUAAGGAUGAUCAUCUUUGUAAAGCAUGUCAACAAGGAAAACAAACUAAAGUUUCAUUCCAUUCCAAGGAAAUCAACUCCUCUAAGGCACUUGACCUGAUACACAUGGAUCUUUGUGGACCUACCUGA